AUGUGGUCUCCUAUAACCGAUGCCAUUAGAAUUAUAUUUUCAACAAUUGUGCAACAUUGCAUCCAUAAAGAUUUUCAUGAAGCAGUGGCUAAAAUGUCCAUCAUUCAUGCUUUUCUCUUCUUGCUGAUACACUCCAUUGACAAGUUGGGAAUGUGGCAUCGUUUGCCUGUGUUCAUGGGACUGUUUUACUUGCCUUCUAGGAGACAUCUUCAUCAACACUACAAUCUCUUCAAUGUUGGUCAAACACCCGUUGGAAUUAGUGAAGGCUCUUUCUUUGGCAGAAACAUUCUUCCUGUGGAUCAGAAGGAUAAGCUGUUGAAGCCAGAUCCAAUGGUGGUGGCCACAAAACUUCUGGCAAGAAAAACAUUCAAAGACACUGGAAAACAAUUCAAUGUGUUGGCAGCUGCUUGGAUUCAGUUUAUGAUACAUGAUUGGAUUGAUCCUUUGGAGGACACUCAACAGAUUGAAUUCACUGCACCACAUGAGCUUGCAAACCAAUGUCCAUUAAAAUCUUUCAAGUUCUUGAAAACAAAGGAAAUUCCAACUGGAUUCUAUGAUAUUAAAACUGGACAUGCAAACAUUCGCACACCUUGGUGGAGGCUAGAAGCUGAUAGGUUUUACACAAGCAACUUCAAUGAAGAGACAUACACCAAAAAGGGAUUUGAAUGGGUGAACACAACUGAGAGCUUAAAGGAUGUGAUUGAUCGCCAUUAUCCAGGAAUGACAGACAAGUGGUUGAAUGCUUCAAGUACUUUCUCUGUUUGGGAUGCACCUCCCAACAUACCAAAUCCAAUUCCAAUUUACCUUCGUACUCCUAGUUAA